AUGAACAAUCAAGAGGAGAUGGAACAAAGAUCAGCCCAUGAAGGUUCCAAAAGAAGACGAGUUGAUGGCGAUGUCAAAAGAAGAGUUACUCGGAACAGUAACAAACAAAGAGAUCAAGUAUCAGGCUCAGAUGAUCUUACUGGUGGUGGGCUGGAUCAAGCUAGAUAUGAUGACCACAACUCAUCUGUUAAUGAUUCAAGUUUGGCUUCAAGUAGCACUUCAGAUUACAAAAUCCUUCAUCAUAAUGAACGUAUUCUUUUGGGAAGCUCAGAUUCUAAUUUUGCUAUUACAGAAAUUCCAGAAGCAUCAACACCUACAAGUGAAAAAUUUCUAAUAAAAUUAAAAGAUUUUAACAAUACAAUUGAAGAUUACAUAAAAGAUGAAAAUUCAAAACAAGCAAUAUUAAAGAAGUUACAAUUAAAGUCAUCGUCAAAAAAUCAAAAUAAUACCAAAAUCUUUCUUAAAGUCUUUGACUUUAAUAACCUUGAUUAUUUAAAAUUAUAUCUAGAAACAUAUGAGUAUUUAAACAAAUCGUUUACAAAAGCUGAUGAACAUAGAUUAGGCACAAUUGAUGGAUAUUCUAUUAGUGAAAUCAAUGAAAUGCAAGAAAGAGAAUUCGCAAAUGAAUUAAAUAUUUUAUCCAUCAUUCAAGCUUUUAAUGCUAAACAAAAGGAAUCCAAAGAUAGAAUUAACAUACCUAAAAUUUAUUGUUCUGGUGACUUAAUUAUUAUGAGCUCAAAGAUUGGAAGCCAUCGGGGUAAUUAUAUUGCCAUGGAACUUAUUGAUAGUGUUAAUGAAAAACCUAAAACAGUAGCACAAUUUAAAUCUUUGAAAACCCAAUUAGAUAAUUUACAUAGUUCUGGUAUCCAUCAUGGUGAUGUUCAUGAAAGAAAUUGUUGUGUUGUGGGACGUGGUAAAGUUAUGUUAUUUGAUUUUGGUCAAAGUUGUUUAGUUAAAGAUCUUGAGAAAAAAUCAAAAAAUUGUUUGAAUAAAACUUGUGAAGAUUAUAAGAAUAUUGAAGAAAUGAUGAAAAAGUACAAGAUUGAUAAUAUAAAUACUUGA